CUGGUAAAAAAAUAAUAAUAAAAACAAUGUGAUAAAGUAAAAAAAAGUAAUUAAAAUAACAGGUUAACACACACACACACGGUUAACCAGUAAAAAUAAAUUGUUAACUUGAUAAUGGUAAAGAAGGGUAUAUGGUAAAGAAUGGUAAGCUAGUGGAGAAAAGAUGAACUGUUAAAAAUAAAACAGUUUAAUUGGUUGAAAAAAAACAUGGUAAACUGAUUUUUUAAAACAUGGUUAAAUGGUAAAAAAAAAAAAAUCAUUAAAAUGGUAAAUAAAUAAAUAAAUUUUUAAAAAGUACUGAAUUGGUAAAAAAAAAACACAAUAUGUUAAACUGAAAAGGAAUAUAGUGAAUAGGUUGAAAUAACAUGGUUUAUUGGUUAAAGAAAUUGUGAUUUGGUUAAAAAUGAAGACAUGGUUAAAAUAAAAUGUUGAAUGGGGGGGGGGCAUCUCAUUGGGUCAUAAAAUUGUUCUUGUGUUGCCCUCUUGUGGAGCUGCAUUGAAAUCACAUCUGAUGACGUUUCCCCCAGUGUUGCGUAACAGCGCCCUCUAUCGCGGUAUUGCUGUAAGUGUUGAAGGUGCGUUCACUUGCCUCAGCACUGCGUGUGUAUGUUUGCGGCUCACACGGAGCAAAAGCUACCGCGAGGAGGAAGAAAAACACACAUUCUAGACAUCCAGCUCGACUACAUCAAGAGUCUCUUCUCUUUUGGGGGGAGGGGGGGGGGGGCGCUUCAUUCAACUUUUGCAAUCUUUUCAAGAGCUAUACAAGGUUUUGGAAGUUGUUUUGCUGAAGUUCUUUUGUUUUUGAGGACAUGUCUCGCAAGAAGGCUACCAGGGGCAAAAGCACGGGCAGCCCCUCCGGGAAAGGCAGCGGCAAAGGUGCGAGGAGCAGCCCGGCAAUGGUGCACUUGAACGGGGUGGUCCAUCCCAGCGGACCCGCCAUCAGCAGCAGCGGCGAGUUUUACGACAUUGCUUUUAAGGUGAUGCUGGUCGGAGACUCCGGUGUGGGCAAAACCUGCCUGCUGGUGCGCUUCAAGGACGGCGCGUUCCUGGCCGGCAGCUUCAUCUCCACGGUGGGCAUCGACUUCCGGAAUAAAGUCCUCAGUAUCGACGGAGUCAAGGUGAAGCUGCAGAUCUGGGACACAGCCGGCCAGGAGAGGUUCCGCAGCGUCACCCACGCUUACUACCGCGACGCCCACGCUUUGCUUCUGCUCUACGACGUCACCAACAAAACAUCCUUCGACAACAUUCAGGCUUGGCUGACUGAGAUCCACGAGUACGCCCAACAGGACGUGGUGCUCAUGCUGCUCGGAAACAAGGCCGAUGCCACUCACGAGCGGGCGGUGAAGAGAGAGGACGGCGAGAGGCUCGCGAAGGAGUUUGGGGUCCCCUUCAUGGAGACCAGCGCCAGGUCAGGUCUCAACGUAGAGUUGGCCUUCACUGCUGUUGCCAUGGAGCUCAAGCAUCGUUCUGCGAAGGAUCCCUGCGAGAACUUUAAGCUACAAGAAUUUGUGAACAGUGAGGUUAAGAGCGCCAGCUGCUGCAGAUCUUAAAAGCGGCCAAGCCCCCCCCAAAAAAAUUGGAUUUUAUUUGUGGUUACGGGGGAACCAAUUAUCUACUCACGGGGGAAAGCAGACUUUGGAAAGAUAUGAUUAAUGCUAAUAAUAAUGUAUGACAUCUUGAUCGAUAAAUUUGAUUGAAGGUGUAAAUACUGCAUGUACAAAUGUUCGGAUAAACAAGACGGACUACAGAGUGUUUACAAUGUGAAGUAUUAAAACAACAAGAAUGUGUAUAUGGCUGUGUAUAAUUUGUUGUAUUUCAUAUCCAGUUGGUGGGUUGUGUUCAUUUAUAUGUUUAAUCGUUCCUACUUUUUCAUAAUGUAAAUUGAGUAGUAGUGCCAAGCAUUUUUUUUCAGUAAUGCCUGUAUUCUGUUGAAUUAAGUGUUAAGACCUUUUGUAUAAUGUUGGCUUUAGUCAUAGAAGAUAUGAAAAUAAGAACGGUCACAUUCGGUUUCUGUCAGUGUUCAUGCUAAUGUUUGGGGAUUGGUCACUUUUGAGUGUCUAACCAAGUUUGUACAAUAAAAGCAGAAGACAG